AGGAGAUGAAAGCUUUGGGAAACUAAAAUCCAGCCCAGCAAGCAGACCCGCAGAAGCAAAUACAGCAACAGCUGCAGGAAAUUAAAAACAUAACUUGAAAAACAAGCAGAGAGAGAGAGAGAGAGAGAGGGGGCAGCCGUACCGAUACGCUAUCCACCGGGCAGUCGAAAAUGAUAGAAGAAGAUCUCCUUCUCCCUCCUUUCCCUUCGUCAUCUUUUCAUCAUCAUCCUCUUCUCUCUUAGUUUCGAAGAUUUUGAACCGUUGGACAGAAAGAGGACUCGUUCGAUUCUUUCGAAGAAGAAAGAAGAAGAAGAGAGGAUAUGGUGAUUCUGCAGAAGCGCAGGUGUUAGGAAUGCAGAGCUUCCUGUCGCACAACUCCUAUUCAAUCGGAAUGUACACGUCAUCUUCAUCUCCUUUCUCUCGAGUAGUGGAAGAAAGACAGAAUCAAUCUCGGAUUUCUGAUCUAUCGGAGCUUGAAGAUGCCAUUAACUUAAGCGCAAAUCCUAUUUAUAGCACGAAGUCACGCAACCUGGCUGUUGAUACCUCUUCUCCUCUUCAGUUUGGGGCCUUAAACACAAACAUAAAUUCUUUGCAGAUGACUUCUCCGGCAGCAGCAGUUGAUUCCAGCGGCUACUCUUUUCAAAAGGGAACAGUGCCCAUCGCAAUUCCCUUGUCCAAUGGACAUUUCGAGAGCUGGGGGGAUUCUGGUAUGGCGGAUGCGAGCCCACUUACUGACACUUCCACAGAUGUUGACACAGAUGAGAGGAACCAAGUGUUUGGGGCUGGUCAGCAUGGAACACUUGUUUCUUUGGAUUCCAUCGAUAGAUCAAAGGACAAAACUGGGGAUCAGAAGACACUUCGUAGACUUGCUCAGAAUCGUGAAGCUGCGCGGAAGAGUCGGUUGAGGAAGAAGGCGUAUGUUCAGCAAUUGGAGAGUAGUCGAUUGAAGCUGGCACAACUUGAACAAGAGCUUCAACGUGCACGGCAACAGGGAAUUUUCAUUGGAAGUGGAUGUUUAGGGGAUCAAAGUCAUUCAGUGGGAGGAAAUGGAGCCUUGGCAUUUGAUAUGGAAUAUGCACGGUGGCUUGAUGAGCAUCAAAGACAGAUCAAUGAUCUAAGGGCAGCAGUAAAUUCUCAUGUCGGUGAUAAUGAGCUGCGUCUUCUCGUCGAUAAUGUGAUGGUGCAUUAUGAUGAGAUUUUCAGGCUCAAAAGCGUCGGUGCGAAGUCUGAUGUAUUCCACAUGCUUUCGGGCAUGUGGAAGACUCCAGCAGAGAGAUGUUUCAUGUGGUUGGGAGGGUUUCGGUCCUCGGAGCUUUUGCAGUUGCUUGCAAGCCAACUCGAACCGUUGACAGAUCAACAGUUGAUGGGCAUUUGUAAUCUACAGCAGUCCUCUCAACAGGCAGAAGACGCGUUGUCACAAGGUAUGGAAGCAUUGCAACAAUCUCUUGCUGAGACCGUUGCUUCUGGCUCUCUCGGCCCUUCUGGCUCUGGAGAUGUCGCCAAUUACAUGGGUCAGAUGGCGAUUGCAAUGGGCAAGCUUGGCACCCUCGAGAACUUCCUCCGCCAGGCUGAUCUUUUGAGGCAGCAAACAUUGCAACAAAUGCAUCGUAUAUUGACCACCCGUCAAGCGGCCCGCGCAUUACUGGCUAUCAGUGAUUAUUUCUCACGCCUGCGGGCACUCAGUUCACUCUGGCUGGCACGUCCAAGGGACUGAACAAUGUACAUGGGCAUCAGACAGCACAUUUAAGAACCACCACUGGAAAUUGGGGUUGUGAGGAUGGGCAGGGAUUGUAGCGAUGAUCAACAACGUUCGUGCUGGUUUCUGCCUGUUGUCAUCCCCAAAGAUGAGAAGCGCUAAAGCGGUUGGCAGCCGGAGAGGUUGAAGAGGUGAUUCGCUGCACACUUGGGCCGCUCAUCAGGUGUUCCCACCUUGAUCAUUCCCUAGCCACAGGUUCAGGCCAGUCCAGCCUCAUCAUGUGGAUCAUACAUGUACACUGAAUAUGGAAUGUUGAUGUCUCUUC